AUGUCAAUACAAUAAUAAACAUAAAAAUAAAUCUUUAAAAAAUCAAAUAAAAAAUUAUUAGAAAAUUAAAUAGUAAAAAAAUUUUGCAUUAUCUUUUUGAAAGAGUUCGAGCACAAAUUUGCAAAUAGUUGUUAAAAACAGAAAACCGUUAAAUUUUUAUUUAAAAAAAGAAGAGCAAAGGAGAAGAGUUACUUAGAAAUUUGAUUGACAUUUAGUACAAAUAAUGGAUCAACAACAGCAGACGCAACAAACGGAGAAAAUUAUCGUUGAAAUGUUGGAAUUUUUAGAUUCAAGCAGCGAAGAAGAAAAUGACCAUAAUAAUAUUUCAUCAGAAAAAUGUCUGGCUGAAGACAAACACAUCGAAAAAGAUAUUAAUGAUAAUCUUCUGCCCAUUAAGUUGAAGUCCAAAUCUCAAAAUAUUAUUAAAAACAAUAAAAAACCCGUUAAAAUAGCGAAGGAGUUAAAGAAAUUGAAACAAGAAUUUCCCAUAUGGAAUACCAAAGAAAUUGCAGCCAACAAUAAAAAUGUCUUAACUAUCCACAAAACACCAGAGAUCCUGGAAAAAUCAAAUAUUCAGCACGAGGUUCAUACACCUGCAGAUGAUACCCACAUAGAUUGGUUCAAUAAAUUAGAAACUAACUGUCGUCGUAGUUCGAGUAAUUUGUAUCUACAAGAAAUCCAUAGAGCUAUAUACCAAGAUACUACUGGACAUCCCCCGAGCAGUUCAGCUGAAUACUACCAGGCAGCCCAAAAUUAUGCCCUUUAUGGUAAAAAUUUUUUAGAUUUUCCCGAUAAUCUACAAGUGCUAAUGAACGACAAAAACUCGCCAAACAGUGGUUCAGAAAAUUCUAAUUUGAUAACAAACUUUGGUCAAUGUUUUUACCCGACACAAGCGGAAAACUGA